UUGAUGGUUCUUGUGACAUUACUGGAAAAGAAAAACACCCUUAACUCUAUUUGGAACAACACAACAUGCGUGGUUAAUAUGUAACGCUCAGAGCACACUUGCACUUUGUUUCCCCAAAUAAUAGAUGGAGCUUUCAGACGUAAUCUUGCCCAAGCUGAAUGGUUGUGCACCCAAACCUUCUCAGACUCAAAGUAUGGUUGUACACAAAGUGAAGAUGGGAUUUAUUUUCAUUGUAACCUACAUGUGCUUCCUUGCUCCUGUCCACCACGCACACCCUCCAAACGCCACCAUCUCAGAUCUUUCCUUCAAAAAUAUGGACUUUGCCAUGAACCUUUACAGAAAAAUAUCCAGCUACCAUGACAAGAACAUCUUUUUCUCACCUCUGAGCAUCUCUACCAGCUUUGCUGCUCUCUUAAUGGCUUCUGAUGGUGUCACACACGGGGAAAUACUGAAAGGACUCAACCUGGAGCAGCUGGAGCAGCAUGACCAGCCAGAACUUAUCCCAAAACUCUUUCAACUCCUUAAUGAGAACAUCACACUGAAUGGAAAACUGAAACUGGACCAAAGCAUGGCCCUCUUCAUGCGCCAGCAGUUUAGGGUGGAGAAGAUAUUUGAGGACCAAAUCAAGAAGUUUUUUGACGCGGACAUCAAAAGUCUAGACUUUGCGGACACAAAAGGGAGUAUCCACUUCAUCAAUGAGUAUAUCAAGCACAAGACGGAGAACAAAGUGACUGAGAUGAUUUCCACCCUGGAUGCACUGACCCAGCUCAUGUUAAUCAACACAAUUUUCUUCCAGGGCACCUGGCAGAUACCUUUCAACCCAAAUUUCACUGAAAAUGCACCCUUCUACAUUGACAACUAUAGCAUUGUGGAAGUUCCAAUGAUGUUUAAAGAGGAUAAGUUCUACACAAUGGACGACGUUCCUCUUGGAGCCAGAGUGCUGAAGCUACCAUACCACGACGGUGUUUCCAUGCUUAUCCUGCUACCCAACAAAGGCAUGGACUACACUGCAGUUGAUGAUGAGAUCACUGCUGAGAGGUUCCUCAGCUGGAUCAGAAAGCUGCAAAAAAUCAAACUGGAAGUCAACGUUCCCAAAUUCAAAAUGGAGGAGUCAUAUUCCUUGCACAACCUUCUACCAGAUAUGGGCAUGGCCAGUAUCUUCAGUUCUUCAGCCAAUUUGACAAAGCUGAGUAAGGACGGUGGCCUCAAAGUGUCAGAGAUGCUGCACAAGGCUGUGAUUGAGGUGGAUGAGACAGGGACCACUGCAGCAGCUGCCACAACAAUUGGCAUCAUUCCAUAUUCCUUACCCAGGACCUUCACUGUCAACAGACCAUUUUUCUUCUUCAUAUACCAUGAAGACACAAAUUGUCUGCUAUUCAUGGGCAGGGUGAUCAACCCCACCUAAUACUAGCAGUCAUGACUGUACUGUUUGAGCUCUGAAGUGUUGUCUUGUGCUGGUCUGUUCUGUAAGCCUACCUAUAUGUGAUACCAAUUAAUAAAGAAGUGUGCCUUUC